UCAGAAGUAAAAGCCCUAGAUUUGCAAGAUCCGCGGCACCCUCUCUGAUAUUUUUUCUACGUUCUCGAAAUCAGUCGACGAAACCUCCAUUCAGUUGUGGGAAACAUGGAUAUGUCGAGCGAUUUCGAUCGCAUCCUUUUCUUCGAGCACGCUCGCCAGACUUGCGAGUCCACCUAUUCUCUGAGCCCCCUCGAUGCUGACAAUCUGACGAGAUGGGGUGGAGUGUUGCUGGAGUUAUCUCAGUUUCAGAACGGUGCGGAUUCGAAGAAAAUGGUUCAAGAUGCGAUGGACAAGCUAGAGGAGGCAAUAAGUAUUAAUCCUCAGAAGCAUGAUGCAUUCUGGUGCCUUGGAAAUGCAUAUACCUCAAAUGCCUUUCUCAUUCCAGACCUUGAGGAUGCCAAGGAAUACUUCGACAAAGCAGCACAUGCCUUUGAGCAAGCAUUCGAAAUGGAUCCAACCAAUGAUCUUUAUAAGAAAUCUGUGGAGGUCGCUGCCAAGGCUCCUGAAUUGCACAUAGAGAUUCACAAGCGUGAUUUGGCUCAACAGGCGAUGGCGGCAAGCUCUUCUGCAGCUGCCAGCAUAAAGCAACAGGUUGCUAACAAGUUCAAAAGAAAUGAACUCAAGUAUGACAUAUUGGGAUGGGUUAUACUUGCAGUUGGCAUUGUGGCCUGGGUGGGGUUGGCAAAAUCUAAUUUGCCCCCUCCACCUCCCCCGAGAUAAGUUCUGGCAUCUGAGUUCGCUAUCUUGACAAAAGGGGAGUUAUUCCUUGUUUAGUUGAGAUUCUGAGAACAUAUAUCCUUAGUUGAAAUUUUGACUGGAGCCCUUAAUUGAUGUAAUGAAAGUGCAUUUGCCUCAUAAAGUUGUAGAAACUUGCGUCCUAAUAUUUGAAAUUUUUCUGUGUGGCGAGGAGCAUUGGACGAAAAGCAUAUUACAUUUUGGCAUUUCAAGCAUGCAAUGUUAGGCAUGCGCCCAUACCAGUGUAUCAAUGGUUCAUUGUUAAGGGUGCUCUACAUAAUAAUGGUGCGUUUGUUUA